AGUGCGCGUGCGCGGUGACGCGCGGGGCCGUGCCCGCUAUAUGAGCCCCGGCAGGCGCUGACUCGGCCCUUUCCGCCCCGCUCCCGCCCCGCGCCCGGGUCGCUGCGCUGAGACCCCGCGCCCCCGCCGCCCCCCCGCCGUCGCCAUGAUCAUCUACCGGGACUGCAUCAGCCAGGAUGAGAUGUUCUCGGACAUCUACAAAAUCCGGGAGGUGGCGGACGGCCUGUGCCUGGAAGUGGAGGGGAAGAUGGUCACCAGGACAGAGGGUCAAAUUGAUGACUCUCUAAUUGGUGGCAAUGCCUCUGCUGAAGGUCCUGAGGGAGAUGGAACAGAAGCCACGGUCAUAACUGGUGUUGACAUAGUAAUUAACCACCAUCUUCAGGAGACCAGCUUCACAAAAGAAUCCUACAAGAAGUACAUCAAGGAUUACAUGAAAGCAAUCAAAGCCAGACUUGAGGAACACAAGCCAGAGAGAGUAAAGCCUUUCAUGACUGGGGCUGCAGAACAAAUCAAACACAUCCUUGCCAACUUCAAAAACUACCAGUUCUUUGUAGGAGAGAACAUGAAUCCAGAUGGAAUGGUGGCUCUCCUUGAUUUCCGUGAGGAUGGUGUGACCCCGUAUAUGAUUUUCUUUAAGGACGGCUUAGAAAUCGAGAAAUGUUAACAAAUCAAACAGUAUGGUUUUGGAUCACUUGUCUUCAUAGCUGGCUGCUGUUUUUUCUUCAUCGGCACAACACCAGGAAUCAGCAAUGUCUAACAACUGGACUGAUGUCAUCUUGAGCUUUAUUCACUUAUUUUUGACCCUGAUUUGGAGUGGAGGCAUUGUUUUCAAAAACGAAAAAACAUCUAUCAUGUAGGUUGUCUAAAAUAAAACUCAUUUAAACCCAUUCUA